UGUCCUUCGCCGCGAUCCCCCGAGGCAGCAGCGCCCCGCGGCCGUCCACCACCUCCACUCGCAGACCCUCCAUUUCCGCUCGUCCGCUCCCCGGCAACGCCCCGCGCCGCGGGCUCGCUGCUCACCCCCUUCAAAGCGGUCACCUCCUCCCCUGAACCCUCGCUAGCGUCGCCAUCCCCCUCCCAUUCCCCCUCCCCGCAAUUCCGGCUCACAUGACCGUCCGGGCUGCGGCCGCGCUCGUGGCCGCCGCGCUCGCGCUCCUCCUCCCGGGAUGGGCGGCGGCGGAGUGGAGCCUCACGAAGAAGGGCACCGUCGUCUCCUACGACGAGCGCUCCCUCAUGAUCGACGGCAAGCGGGAUCUCUUCUUCUCCGGCGCCAUCCACUACCCCAGGAGCCCGCCCGAGAUGUGGCCGAAGCUGAUGAAGCUGGCCAAGGAGGGCGGGCUCAACACCAUCGAGACAUACGUAUUCUGGAAUGCACACGAGCCUGAGCCGGGCAAGUACAAUUUCGAAGGCCGGUUCGACUUGAUCAAGUUUAUCAAGAUGAUCCAGGAGCACGACAUGGACGCCAUUGUGCGCAUUGGGCCCUUUAUCCAGGCAGAAUGGAACCAUGGUGGUUUGCCUUAUUGGCUGAGAGAGAUCGACCGCAUAAUAUUCCGGGCGAAUAAUGACCCUUUCAAGAAAGAAAUGGAGAAAUUCGUGAGAUUCAUAGUGCAGAAGUUGAAGGAUGCUGAGCUAUUUGCAUCUCAAGGAGGACCCAUCAUUCUAACACAGAUCGAGAAUGAAUACGGGAACAUAAAAAAAGAUCGUGUAACAGAAGGUGACAAAUACCUCGAAUGGGCAGCUCAAAUGGCACUUAGCACACAUACUGGAGUUCCGUGGAUAAUGUGUAAGCAAUCUUCAGCUCCUGGUGAAGUGAUCCCUACUUGCAACGGAAGGCAUUGUGGAGACACAUGGACUCUACGUGACAACAAUAAGCCUCGCCUUUGGACUGAGAAUUGGACUGCACAAUUCAGAGCAUUUGGUGAUCAAGUAGCUCAGCGUUUAGCUGAGGACAUAGCAUAUUCUGUGUUACGAUUUUUUGCAAAGGGUGGGUCAUUGGUUAACUAUUACAUGUAUCACGGUGGAACAAAUUUUGGGAGGACUGGUGCUUCUUAUGUGCUGACCGGUUACUACGAUGAAGCUCCCAUUGAUGAAUACGGUAUGUACAAGGAGCCCAAAUUUGGGCAUCUUAGGGACUUGCACAAUUUAAUAAGGUCUUACCAAAAAGCUUUCCUCUUGGGGCAACAAUCAUUUGAGAUAUUGGGUCAUGGGUACGAGGCACACAACUUUGAGUUACCUGAUGAAAAGCUAUGCCUAUGUUUCCUCUCCAACAACAACACGGGGGAAGAUGGAACAGUGAUCUUCCGAGGGGAGAAGUACUUUGUGCCUAGCCGCUCUGUCUCCAUCCUUGCAGGGUGUAAGAACGUGGUUUACAAUACCAAGAGAGUGUUUGUACAACACAGUGAAAGGUCAUUCCAUACCGCAGAUGUGACGAACAAGAAUAAUCUGUGGGAGAUGUACUCAGAAUCGAUUCCGAGGUUUCGCAAGACUAAAGUCAGGACAAAGGAACCCCUGGAGCAAUAUAACCAAACCAAGGACGCUAGUGACUAUUUGUGGUACACCACAAGCUUUCGCUUGGAGUCGGACGAUUUGCCCUUUAGAAGUGACAUCCGGCCUGUGCUUCAGGUCAAAAGUACUGCACACUCAAUGAUUGGAUUUGCCAACGAUGCUUUCGUAGGAAGUGGGCGCGGAAGCAAGCAGGUAAAGGGUUUCAUGUUCGAAAACCCCAUUGAUCUGAAAGUAGGUGCGAACCAUCUCACAAUGCUGUCGUCGACGAUGGGGAUGAAGGACAGUGGCGGUGAACUUGCUGAACUAAAAGGUGGCAUUCAGGAAUGCAGAAUCCAGGGUCUCAACACUGGCACGUUGGAUUUACAAGUCAAUGGCUGGGGCCAUAAGGCCGCACUGGAAGGUGAGGACAAGGAGAUCUACACGGAGAAAGGUGUGGGCAAAGUUCAGUGGAAACCGGCCCAGAAUGACCGGGCAGCUACUUGGUAUAAGAGAUACUUUGACGAGCCAGACGGAGAUGAUCCCGUUGUUCUCGACAUGAGCUCAAUGAGCAAGGGCAUGAUGUUUGUGUAUGGUGAAGGCAUUGGUCGCUACUGGACCUCAUACAGAACUCUUGCUGGAAUUCCUUCUCAAGCACAAUACCAUAUUCCGCGUCCAUUCUUGAAAUCCAAGGACAACCUCUUGGUUGUGUUCGAGGAGGAGUUGGGCAAGCCGGACGGCAUCCACAUCCAGACGGUGACAAAAGACGACAUUUGCGUGCUCCUCUCGGAGCACAACCCGGCGCAGAUCAAGACGUGGCUAACGGAGGGUGACCAGAUCAAGCUCAUCGCCGAAGAUCAUAGCACACGGGGCAUCUUGACCUGCCCGCCGAAGAAGACCAUCCAGGAGGUCGUCUUCGCCAGCUUUGGCAACCCGGAGGGCCCGUGCGGCAACUUCACCGUGGGUACUUGCCAUACUCCUAACGCAAAGCAGGUCGUGGAGAAGGAAUGCCUCGGCAAUCCGUCUUGCGUGCUGCCCGUGGUGCACACGGUGUACGGCGCGGACAUCAACUGCCCAUCAACGACUGCCACACUGGCAGUGCAGGUGAGAUGCAACAGAUCAGGGAAGAAAGAAGAGUGAUUCGGAAUAACGUGAUAGAUGCUGCUGAUUGAGUCCUCAACUUGUUUGUUUGUUCAUCCCUUCGGUUCGGCACUCGUGUUUAUGCAUUUGUGCCCCCAUUGGCCCAUUGUGAUUGAGAUAUGAUUGGAACAUGCUUGAUCGGGACCGUGGGAACUAAGAUGAAAUGAGUGAAGGGUAGAUGCUGAUCAGACCGAAGAUGCGUUUCUCCCUCUUUCCUCUGUGCUCUGUUGUUUCAUGUAACCAUCACGAUGUAUAGAUGUCGACUAAUCAUGAUUGACAGUAUAGAUUUAGAGCAUUCCAGCUUCUGAGCAAAAGACUGUUGGAGUUGGACUAACCGAAUGAUUCCUUCCUGCAACAUGGAGAUGAGUAUUCAGUUCCAAAAACAUGGAGAUGACUA